AUGAGGACGAUGGAAGCGCACAUGCCGUGCCAUGGGACAAGAGGGGAGGUGGAGGAAAGAAUCCGAAGUUUGCCCAUGGAUCUGCUGAGCCAACGAGGGAGGAUAGGACUUGAAACGACGUUCCCUUAUCUCAUCACCAAUGCCAAUGGAACGGUGUGCAACUUCUUUGGCAGAAACUCAACCGAACUGAUCGGCAGAAGCUUGCGCUUGCUCUCCGAUGGCACUGACUGCUCUCACCAUGCUUUGUUUGAAGCCGCAUCCGUGGCAGCCAAGGACGGCAGAGUAAGGACAUACCUGACAAUUACUGGAGCACAAAACUGCAAGCACGAGCGAAUGAUCAUUGCUUUCUCGCUGGGCAAGGCUUCCAAUGGAUGCCCAUUGAUCGAAAUGUUGAUUUUCCCGAUGGACAGCCAAAACCCAUUUGAGAUCAGAACUCCAAUGAUGCAGAUCAUUUCCAAAGAUGACGAAGUCGAGCAAUGUCAGCACAAGCGAAUAUGGAAGGCCGCUACUACAGACCUGCGAAGAAACUGCCCGGAUAGAGAAGUGGUGAUUACGUCGUCGAAUAACCAGGAAGUGGGUCUCUCACUUGCUCUGACAAACGGGAUAGAAACCUCACCCGUGCCCAAACAAUGUUAG